AUGCGCCUUUCCAAAGCCCUAAUAGACAUGGAGAUGGCAGAUUAUAGCGCAGCGCUAGACCCGGCAUAUACCACUCUGGAGUUUGAGAACAUGCAGGUGCUGGCUAUGGGCAACGACACAUCUCCAUCAGAAGCAGCCAACCUCAACACUUCCAACAGCAUCGGGGUGAGUGCACUGUGUGCCAUCUGCGGGGACCGCGCCACGGGGAAGCAUUAUGGGGCUUCCAGCUGCGAUGGCUGCAAAGGCUUCUUCAGGAGAAGCGUCCGGAAGAACCACAUGUACUCCUGCAGGUUUAACAGGCAAUGUGUGGUAGACAAAGACAAAAGAAACCAGUGCCGAUACUGCAGGCUUAAAGAGUGCCGCAGGGCUGGAAUGCCAAAGGGCUCUGUACAAAACGAACGGGACCGAAUCAGCACCCGGAGAUCAAGUUAUGAAGACAGCAGCUUGCCUUCCAUCAAUGUCUUACUGCAGGCAGAAGUCCUGGCACAACAGAUAUCAUCCCCGGUUCCUGUGAUCAAUGGAGACAUCCGAGGGAAGAAGAUUGCCAAUAUCUCCGACGUGUGCGAGUCCAUGAAGCAGCAGCUGCUCGUGCUGGUGGAGUGGGCCAAGUACAUCCCUGCCUUCUGCGAACUGCCCCUGGACGACCAGGUAGCACUGCUGCGAGCACAUGCAGGAGAACAUCUGUUACUGGGAGCUGCCAAGAGGUCCAUGAUGUUCAAGGAUGUCUUGCUGCUAGGAAAUGACCACAUCAUCCCGCGGAACUGCCCCGAACUGGUGGAGGUGAACCGUGUGGCCAUCCGCAUUCUGGACGAGCUGGUCCUCCCCUUCCAGGAGCUGCAGAUAGAUGAUAAUGAAUAUGCCUGCUUGAAAGCCAUCAUCUUCUUUGACCCAGAUGCCAAAGGACUGAGUGACCCCUCUAAGAUCAAGAGAAUGCGGUACCAGGUGCAGGUCAGCCUGGAGGACUACAUCAAUGAUCGGCAAUACGACUCACGGGGCCGCUUCGGGGAGCUGCUGCUGCUGCUGCCUGUGCUGCAGAGCAUCACCUGGCAGAUGAUAGAACAGAUCCAGUUUGUCAAGCUCUUCGGCAUGGCUAAGAUUGACAACCUGCUGCAGGAGAUGCUGCUGGGAGGCUCAUCAAGUGAAACACCGCAUGCUCACCACCCCCUGCACCCUCAUCUGAUCCAGGAGAACCUGGGAACAAACGUCAUUGUGGCCAACACAAUGCCUCCUCAGAUGCACAAUGGGCAGAUGUGUGAGUAUUGCCAGAGAGAUGGAGAGGUAGCUACUCCAGAAACCCCACAGCCAUCUCCACCUGCGGGCUCAGGCCCAGAACAAUACAAGCUGCUGCCUGGAGCCAUUGCAACCGUGGGAAAACAGCCCACCUCUAUCCCGCAACCUGCCAUCACAAAACAGGAGGUCAUCUAG